AAGGGCACAUAUUUUUGUUGGAACUGCCUCCUAAUGUCAGUGAUUUUGAUCUUUAUCAGGGCUGGAAUCUCACCAUCCUCUUGCGGCUCUUUAGCACUCCAAAGGCUGAGACCAAUUCAAAUUUUGAUACUUAAAUUUGGUUUCUCCUCUUUAAAAAAAAAAGGAUGAAAUAUCCCUGUUGCUUCUAAGUAGUGAUGAGGCAACAAAUCCAUCCAAUCCUGCUACCACACUUCUAUGCCUAUAGGCAGCUCAAUUUUUUUCCACAUAGGCAAGGUAAGCUCUUUGGUACUUGCUUGAGUAGGAAGAGUGGUGGCUUUUGAUUUUCUUCUGUCCUUGGUGAGAGGUUAAACCAGUUACUGAGAAGUGGUCUAACCUGAUUGUCUGGAGCCCAAUAAAGCCUAUAACCCAGCUUCAUAUCGAGCAUCACAUGGCUCAUUGUGGAGGGCCUAUCCUAGGGAGGGUUAAGAAAGCCGAGGAGGGUUUUUUCUUGGCACAGAACUGGGUGCCCCAUCUGUCAGGUCCUAUCUCCCUGCUCCCUGCACGUUACCAUCCCCAGUGGUGCCUUUCUGUGCAGGGUCAUGUGUCACCACAUGUUUCUGCCAGUGCUGUAUGUGUCUGUGUGUGAGUUCACGUGUGUGGCAUUGCAGUGUCAUGAGCUCACUUUCCAUCUGUGUGAGUAUAGGGGGCUGUAGGAAGAGAACCCCUUCUGGUAACCUGACCUAAAUACCUUCCAUGUGAGUAUAUUGAUGCUGCCACACCUGGGGGAGCCUCUGGUCCUUCUCUACAAGCUUCUGGUUUGACAGGUAGUUUGGAGACAGGGUUGAAAACAGGUCCCUGAGCUGAGGGCACUCAAGGCUGAGGGAGUUGCCAGGCUGGUGACUGUUGCAGCCUCUUCCACCAGCUUCCUUCUUCCGUCAGCUGGGUGGCAGUGUGGCGGGCAGCUUUCACUGCAUUGCCAAAUGCAGACUGGGGGGGCCACACACGACGAGUCUUGCAUACACAGGUGCAUGGUGUCUGGUUGCUGUGUCCUGGCUGUGCAGAGGCAAGCCUUUGCCUUCAGCAGCAGCUGCCUGGGUCCAACUUACAGCAGCUCUGCCCACGUGCAUCUGGUGGGCACAAGGUCUCUGGUGCAGGUGCUUGGCUGUUGUUUUUGAUAUAAGGGAAAAACUACUGGGAGAUAUCCACAGGCUCAAGACCAGUUUUAGGAGGGCUUUUCUGGAAAUCAUAGCUCCCUGACCUUUGUUCUGGGGAGGGAUUAAUCAUGAUGGCAGAGAGUCAGGAUGAGCAGGACGGUAAUUAAUUAACUAGCAUCUAUUUCAUGCUUGGGUGACUUGGCUAAGCCAGUGCCCUGUAAGUACAGUAUCUGCACCAAGAGUGAGUAAUGUGAGUCCUGGUAAGGAUGAGAGCCUUAACCCUCGGAGGUCCCGGCAAUGCUGGCAGGAGCAGCAGCUGCCGAGGCAUGGGUCUUUGGCAGAGGAGGAGAGGAUGAUCAGUGGAUCCAACCGCCUAAGUGCAGUCCCUCGUCUUUUCGCUGUUUCCUGGGACCCUACCAGGUUGUUGAGGCAUCUUCUUUAAGUUGGAGUACCAGAAUAAAAGGCUUCAUUGCAUGUUUUGCUGUAGGAAUUCUCUGCUCACUGCUGGGUACUCUUCUGCUGUGGGUGCCACGUAAAGGACUAACCCUCUUCGCAGUGUUUUAUACCAUUGGUAACAUCGCAUCACUUGGGAGUACCAUCUUCCUCAUGGGGCCCAUGAAACAGCUGAAGCGAAUGUUUGAGCCUACGCGCUUGAUAGCAACCAUUGUGAUGCUGUUGUGUUUUGCACUUACCCUGUGCUCUGCUUUUUGGUGGCAUAACAAGGGACUUGCGCUUAUCUUCUGCAUUUUACAGUCUUUGGCCUUGACGUGGUAUAGCAUUUCCUACAUACCAUUUGCAAGGGACGCUGUGAAGAAGUGUUUUGCUGUGUGUCUCACCUAAUACGUGGCCAGUUUUGCAAAGCUUUGGACAGCACAGUGGACGGAUGCUGGUGGACUAUUUUGUAAAUAUUUUUCUAAACCUCUGUCUUACAGACUUGUGCCUUUGAGCUUGCAGCAUUGUGCUGCUUGCGAUUCAAACAUUUGAGAGUUGCUUUUUGGGAAGGAAUGAUAAUGUUCCCAAACCUAAAUGUCUGUAGCCUGGUGUGAGAGGUUCUGUCUUAUGGAGUGGAAUUUUCCUCAUGCACCUUCCUGUUUCCUCUUUGAAGGGUGUUCCGCUGAUUCUCAUAAAUAAAAGCCUUGUUAAGCAGCAGCAGAUAAGCUUUGGGAGCUGGUGAUUCCCAGGUGGUGACAGGCAGCCUCCCUGGAGAUCACAGGAAUACAACAGUAAGGGACAAAGUUUUCGGCCGUGAGAGGGAUCAGCAGGGGCUUUGCAGACUUGUCCCGUAGUCCGGAGACUUCCACCCCUGCCUCACACGGCAUGGACAAGCUUCUACUCCAGUGUCUGGGAACAAGCGAUUCUGUUUUACUAAUAGCUGCACAUGAGCCUGUGGCGAGCCCGGCAGUGGACUGAAGGAGGAAAUAAGAACUUUUGGUAAAAUGUGUUGUUUAUUAGUCUGAACUUAGGCACUCUUGCUCUUCUGAUUCCACACCUGACUGUGGAAUGUGUUUUCUAACAUUCAGUGCAGACUAUUUCCUCUUGGGUUUUUCUUUCUUUUUUUUUUUCCUACUCCUCCAACAUAUCUUUACUGACCUCCUAGAACUAGAUUGAGAGAGAGCAAAGCAGCAACAGAAAACACUGCUGUUUCCUUUUGGAUAAGAGCUGAUAGGAGGUGAAGAAUCUUGCUGCUCUUUGCUACAUUAUUUUUUCUUUGUUAUUUAUAAAUGUUUGCUUUUCAACUGAUUUUAUUUUCUGUUCUCCCCUGGGCCAGAGCCAGGGGAGAACGGGCAGGAAGACCGAGUCCUGCUGCGGUGCCAGCAGGAAGUAGGCAUGCCUGCCUGGUGACCUUUAAACACUCCCAGCUUUUGCACUUCAGCCUGGGGGAGGACUCCAUAGCUGACAGCUGUAAUGUCUCAGCCUGAUGCCUAACCACAAAGUGCUUUUGUGUCCAUGAUCUUAUCUGAGCCUCAUGAGAGCCUUAUGACAACCAGGGAUUAUUGUCCCACUGUGCAGGCGAGGAAAUUGAAGACCAAAGAGGUUCCCAAAUCUACCCAAAGCCUCGGACGGUGGCAGAGUGGGGCCCUGAGCUCGGGUGCCCCAGCUGCAGCCUCCUUCAUGACUCAAGGUUUCUGGCGUGUCUCUGGUGAUACCUCCUCUAACUAUUUUCCUGGUUUCAUCAGCUAAACCUGUACCUUUUCUGGUUCCCUUCUCUUUAAGUUGCUUAUGCUGCCCCCUUUUUCUCCCAUCUUCCCUUUUGGAAGCUUCCUCCUAGCUCCAUAGGAUGUUCAGGAGGCCCCGUGUUCCCUUGCAGCUCCUUCUUGCUGCUUGACUCUUGUAAGAGUCCUGUCUUGACCAUCCAGAGGCCUUGGCUCCCAGGGUCUCUGAAGCCACCCUACAAAUGGAGUCUUUCUGGGUUUGCCUGUCUGCCCUUUCCUCAGGUCCGGCUGGUCCACUUGUCUGCUCAGUUGGGUUCCUCUAGGCAUUUUCAAACCAAGGUGUGGCCCGCUGGUUGUCUCCUUGCUUGUGGCGAGGUACUGAACUUUGUCUUCUGAUCUUUUCUUUCUCCUGCUGCAGCCGAGACUGCAGACUUGCUAGCCUUUUCUUCUGAGCUGGGGAGGAAUGAAGAGUCCUGUUGGGGUCCAGAGGGAGAAGCCAAUCUUCCCUGUCCUUCCCAAGCUGUUGAAAUCAUCCUGUCUUUUAUGCUGAGGUCCCAAACUUGCCUUCAGUCAGCAAGGGAAGUUACACGUUACCCUCUGGCCUUUGUGGUGCCUCUGGGAGACAGUUCAAAUCUCAGAAGGGCUCUGACAUGAGGAAGGGGACUGAAGGAGGUCAGGAGUGCCCACAGUUCCUUCUCUUGAGUGCUCAUGUGAGACUGGAGUAAUAAUUCUAAAAAGCUAACCCUGAGCACCCUUUUUUAAUGGCUGGACUUGAUGCUGUGGGAUGUCACAGGGUUAUAUAUUAUAUAUUAUAGUGUUAUAUAUUGUAUUGGUAGUGAACGUAGGCUUUGAAGUCAAACAGAUCUAGGUGUGAGUUGUGGCUCGCUUACUUCUCAGUUGUGUCACUUCAAAUAAGUUACUUAACUUCUGGUUCCUCAGUUUGGUCAUGUCUUUAAAAAAUGGGAAUAACAAUUCCUGCUGUAUCAUUAUUAAAUAUUAUUAUUUAAUCCCAGAGAUAACCGAUCACUUUUGUAGGUGACAGGAUGAGCAUCUGUGGCUAUUUAUUUAUUCAAUGAAUAUUUAUCUAGUGCCAACUAUGUAUCUGGCACUGUGGACACUGCCAUGCAUUUAUCUCAUUUAAUAUUCACAGUGACUGUGAGGUGAGUGGUCUUGUCUCUGUUAGUACAGAGAAGGAAUAGGUGCAGGGAUUAAGGGGCUGGUACCAGAUCUCACCAGGAGAGGGCGUUGGGCAGGGUUCCUGGUAGGUCCGUCUUGCAUAAAGGCUUCUGCUUUGCCUUGACUUCUGUGGCCUGUGGCCACUAUCAACAGCUUUUGGAUGACCCCACCUGUGAACUUCCAGACGCCUAGACCUUUCCCUCUGUUGCCUUAUCCUUUGAAGGCUUCCCUACCUGUUCAUACCUGAUGGGCUGUGUGGGGAAGAACUCCCUUUCAAACCUGUUGAAUGCUAUUGCAAAACAACAGUGCUGGUUUAAAAACAACCCAGUAGGUGAGACACGUUUGUUAGAAUUAGGGUUUUAGAUCCUGUGACCGGGAGUGGUCCCUGUUCCUUCAUUCUACCCUGUUCACUGCUGGGUGAGGAAGAGGUGAUGGCACUUCAGCAGUGAUGAGUGAACGGCUGAGGUGACUUUUGCAGAUGGGAAGAUGUGGUGUACACCAGAGUUACCCCCCUGACAGUCUACAAGUGCUGGCGUGAGUGUGCCCCUCCCUGUGCUCACUACUCUAUGAUGGCUGUACUGGCAGGAGCACUGCCCCUCCCAACCAGGGGACCUGGCCCCCAGUGCUCUUGGCCUCCCUCGCUUCUUCCCGUCCUCCGGAGACUACUUGUUUGACAUCAGGCAAGCCUGUUCAGCAACUGCUUGACUUCCGUCCCCUCCUGUCUCACCAGCUAAAAGAAUUCUCCUCUUGCAGAACGUGCUCAGAAGGAAACUUGGUUCCCGUCCCCUGUGUGUAGCUGGGUCCUAGCUGCUCCCGCUCAGACCCUGACUCAAGGUUCUCUCCCCCUGAAAGACAGGGAAGGGUGAAACACUGUCCCUAGUUUAGCAUUUUCACUGGACCUAGUUUCUCUCAGGGCUUGUUGCUGCCAUCUAUCCAUCACCUUUGGUAAUUUUUUGGCUCAUCUGCCUGGGUUCUGCCUCCCUUCCACCCUAAUCAGUGCAUUCUUAGGGAAAAAGAAAUGAAAUCAUGAAAUGCAUCCUAAGCAAUAUUACUUUUGGAUACUUCUGUUAGAAUAGAUAAUUAAGAAGUGGGCCAUCCGUUCAAGAAAGGAUAUGGGGAUGCUGGUUUGGCUUCUGCUUUCGAUAGCCCUAUGGGAGCGACAGGUAUUGCAACAUUAGUGAGGAGACUUACUGGAAUGGAUCAGGAAGUAAAACGGCAGCCCUUUGGCUGUGGAAUCCCUUUUCUAUGGGACAGUCUACAUCAGACCACCGUUACCUUCUCUUUCCUCAGAUAACUUCUGACUAUAGAGUUGAACUGCCAGAUUACAAAUACUUUUCAAAUCACAACCUACAAUAAACCUCAUUUUCUAAAAAUAAAUAAACAAAAUACCACUGUUUAAAGUAUAUAAAGCCAUUUUGAUAGAUUUUUGGCAUAGCUUUUUUGAAAAUUUUAAAAUUGAAGGUUUGGUUUUUUAAGUGUUUUAAUAUGUACAGUAGUUCCUUUAUGGAUGGCAUUUUUAAAAAAGCUAAUAGACUGCUGAAUUUAAAUACAGUUAAAUACAAUAAUUCUUGAUAAGAUAUUUUAAAAAAGUUAGAAGUCUAAAUUUUUUUGAAAUUUCUGUUUAAAAAGUUGGUUGGGAAGUCAAAUUAUGUGACUUCAAAGUACAUUCUAAUUCUGAUAAUUCAUCAUUUUGUGAAAUUCUGAGAUCUUGAAUAUUUUUAGUUGAGCAAAGAGGAAAGUGCUACACAGUUUAUUUGAUCCUAGUAAACUCAGGAUUAGGUAUUUACUUCUACCUUUUGGUUAUGUCCAUUUCUACUCCGAAUGCAUAGGUGACGCUCCUAAGUCCCUGAGACACUUAAACUUGGCCAUGGCCUCAUAAAUCACUUGCAGAAAUCUCUCUCCAGUACGUUAGUAUACCCCAUUGAGGCUGAUGGGAGCAGUGAAGCCUUUAUUAAAGUAAAUCGACAAAAUAAACUAUCAUCCUUUCUGGCAGAAGAUGAUAAAGUAAAGCUUAGAAAUGUAGAAAAUGAUUUUUUUUAUAGACGGGAUGAUCUGAAAGCAGGGAAGAGAGAGUCCAGUGCACAGGAGAAACUUGGCUAAUUAAAAGAUCAAUUCACAAUGUAGUAAAUAAUUAGCAAUGUAUAUAUUCACAACAAAGUAACAUCACUAUGUUUAAUAAACAGCAAAAGAAAAAAAAAUGGACAAGAGGUCACUGAUUAUAAAUAGGCUGCCUGGACUUAGCGUUUUUGUGAGGCAUCUUUUAAAGAUCAAAUUGGGCCUGGGGUCUGGGCAGAAUGUUGCCUUCUGCCUGUUUAACUUCCAAACUGCAAGAAGAGGUAAUAAAUCUUCCUCUAAGUACAAAGAACCUUGUAUUUCUGUAAUCUCCUUUAGGAGAACCAUAGUUUACAUUCAAUUUUGUGAUCUUUUUGCUGUGAAAAGUGUUUAUUUUACCUUUUCCACUAUGUUUUCUUGACUUAGCAACCUUGAACAAGCAAAGAAAAAAAAAGCCCUUGGGGAAUUUAUGUGUUGUCAGAACAUUGUGCCUCUUCUAAUAUGAUGAGCUUUGAAAACAGUUUGUUAAAACACAAAUCAAUUUUUUGUAAUUGUAUAGACAUUCAUAAGUAAUUUUAAAUGCUGCUGAUUGCAUAACUGAAUUUUUUAUAUCCAAACACUUUGUUAACUAAGCUGGUAACUAAGCUGUUUUCGUCCCCAAAUGUUAUAAUUGUCAUUUUUUUUUUUUUUUUGGCUUUUGUUUUCC